AAUUCAUCUUUCUCCUGAGUGAGCAUAAGCCAGACCAUUACUUCACAACUAAAAGCACGAUUGCACGAACUCUCCAACUGCGGUGAAUCCUCUCUUUGGAUUAGAAUUCUGCAAUCAAAUUUCGUAUUAGUUGUUGAAGAAUCAAGGAAACAUGGAAUUCAACAAUGGCGAGCAAGCAAAUGGAGAGGAAAGCAAUGAGAUACAGCAAUACAAAGUCCGUCUUAUGAGAGCCCAUGUCGAAAGAGAAGAUCCCUCCGCCAAGGCAGUGGAUGAUUUGAUGCUCCGGAGAUUUUUGCGAGCUCGUGAAUUGGACAUUGAGAAGGCUUCUACCUUGUUUCUCAGGUACCUAAGCUGGAGGCGAUCAUUUCUCCCUAAUGGCUUUGUAUCUACAUCAGAUAUUUUAAAUGAACUUGCCCAAAACAAGUUGUUUAUGCAAGGCGUUGAUAAGAAGAAUCACCCUGUACUUGUUUUCUUUGCUGCCAAGCAUAAGCCCUCCAAUGGAAAUUUGGAGGAGUUCAAGCGUUUUUUAGUCUUCGGUCUUGAAAGGGUAUGUGAAAGAAUGCCAACUGGCCAGGAAAAGUUUGUGGUCAUUGCAGAUCUUGAAGGAUGGGGAUACACUAACAGUGACAUACGUGGAUAUCUAGCAGCUCUAUCAAUACUGCAGGACUUCUAUCCGGAGAGGUUAGCCAAAUUGUUCAUAGUCCAUGUGCCUUCCAUGUUCAUGACUGCAUGGAAGCUUAUUUCUCCAUUCAUUAACAACAAAACAAAGAAGAAGAUAACUUUUGUUGAGAACAAAAAAUUAAAAUCCAUUCUGCUUGAAGACGUUGAUGAGAGCCAACUCCCUGAUAUAUAUGGAGGCACACUAGCAUUAGUUCCUAUCCAACACAUCUAGCUCACUUGAUGUUUCAGCAUUUUGCUCUGCUCUCACACCUCUUUCAUGGGUAGUCUACAUAGUCUUGAUAGUUAAAACAAAGAACUACCUACCCCAUUAUUGAAGGGUCUCCACCCAUGCUUCAAUGGUUUGCUGGCUUCUUAUCUCAAGGAAAUAGUAAUAAUUAGUCAAAUUACAGAAUUUCAA